CUCUCUCCAGUUGGCUGGGUUGUACACGUCAGCAGUCAAUAAGUUGGAACCAAGAUGUAUCACCGUCCCGUCAUCCUCUUCCUGGUAUGAGGAGCGUGUUGACACAUAACACCUCGUUUGGUGGAAAAACCAAGCGGCCCCAGCGACUGUUUGGCAAAUGGCACGGGUUUCAAGUGCAGAGACGUGAGGAAGCAGCCAUCAAAAACCAGUUUUGACGUGUGGUGUAAGACACGCGAAGCGCGACUGUUGUAACAGGAGUUGGAGCUUCGCCGCGCGAGGAAAACAGCGUUGCAAACAAGUUUACAAUGAGGGCGUGUGUGAGACAAGGUGACUGAAUUUCUGUUGUCUUCCAAAAGUCCGGUUCACCGCGAGAAAAUGAGGUUUCGGCUGCUCAAACGGAACCUGCUCACGCUGUUGGGUGUUUCCUUUGUAGUCGUGACUCUCCUGCUUACACGCGUGUUAUUAGUUUCUGAUAAUGACACGAGCGGACCCGAUAGUAACGUCGUUCAGAUAAGUCAAGUCGUGCCUUCUUGCGACACGCCGAAGUUCGACUUUGGUUCGCUUCCAGAGUUGACGAAGUCCGUUUACAAUGCCAAUUACAAGCAGUGCGUGCGCAACGCGGAUAAGUUCCCAGGGGAGCCUCGACUGGUGCUGGUUGUGCAGGUCCACAACCGGCCCGAAUACCUCAGACUGCUCAUAAGGUCGCUGGAGAAAGCCGCCGAGGUCCACAGCUUCCUCCUUAUCUUUAGCCAUGACUACUUUUCAGAGGAAAUAAACGCCAUUGUGCAAGGGAUAACUCUCUGCAAAGUGCUGCAAAUUUAUUUCCCCUUCAGCACUCAGUUGUAUCCCGUUGAGUUUCCUGGGAAGGAUCCACGGGACUGCCCCCGGGACAUAUCCAAGGUCAACGCUUUGAAAACAGGAUGCCUCAACGCAGCACACCCGGACUCCUACGGACACUACAGGGAGGCCUUCAUCACUCAGACCAAACACCACUGGUGGUGGAAGCUGCACUUUGUGUGGGAGCGGGUGCAGGUGAUGCAGGGCUACAGCGGCUUUGUGAUCUUCCUGGAGGAGGACAACUACAUCUUGCCGGACUUUUUCCAUUACUAUAAAUCAAUGAUUGAGUUCAGGAAGAGCAGCUGCCCAGAUUGCGACAUGCUGGCGUUGGGCAACCACAAUGGCCUGACUGAUUUCAACAAGCUGUCCAACAAGGUGUCGACCACCGGGUGGAUGUCCACGAAACACAACAUAGGCAUGGCCAUCUCCAGGGAGGUGUACUACAAGCUGAUGGGCUGCAACAACGAGUACUGCACCUACGAUGACUACAACUGGGACUGGACCCUGCAGCACCUCUCGGGAGCCUGCAUAUCGAAGCCCGUCAAAGUGCUGGCAGCCCAGGGCUCCAGGGUUCUCCACACGGGAGACUGCGGCCUCCACCAGAAGGAGAACUGCCGGCCGGAGUGGGCCUCGCAGAAGGUGGAGGAGGGCCUCCUCGCGGCGAAAGACGGCCUCUUUCCUCCGUCUCUGGUGCUCAGUGGCGCGGAAGCGGCGGAGCACAAGGUGCACAUGAAGAAUGGAGGGUGGGGGGAUGUUCGAGACCACAUUCUAUGCAAUAACUACGCCAAACGUCUUUGAGCUGUGACUUUUCCCUGAGCAACGUGGGUAAAAUGCUCAUUGUUGUUCUGCAGAUGUGCCAUUCAUACGUAACACUUCAGGGUUUCAGGGGCUGCGGCGGGUGUGCUAAUAUUCUGCUUCCGACUCGGUCUUCCAAGAAUCGGGACCAAAACCCACGUCCGAGAGGGCUGCAUAUACACAGCUGGACUUCAACUUUGUUUUUUAAGUAUUUUAUUUUGAAUCACCAAAGCUGCACAGUUGCCAAAGACUCCCUUGAUAUUUGUGUUGUGUUAAUAAUGCAAGCUCGGUCAGGCUGUU